CAUAUUGUGGCCGCCGCAGCUCGAGCCGGAGCCUGGUGACGAGCCGCCGGAGCCGGAGAUGGAAACCAUGGCAAGUCCCGCGAAGGAUAAGGAUAACUAUCGAAUGAAGAGUUACAAAAACAAAGCCCUAAACCCUGAGGAAAUGCGUCGGAGAAGGGAAGAGGAGGGGAUCCAACUACGCAAACAGAAACGAGAGCAACAGCUAUUUAAAAGGAGAAAUGUGGAACUUAUUAAUGAAGAUGCUGCCAUGUUUGAUAGCCUCCUCAUGGAUUCCUAUGUCAGCACUGCCACAGCUGGGGAGGGAGUGAUCACGAGAGAGAUGGUAGAGAUGCUUUUCUCAGAGGACCCUGAUCUGCAGCUAGCGACCACCCAGAAAUUCAGGAAACUGCUCUCCAAAGAGCCGAAUCCUCCGAUAGAUGAAGUGAUAAAUACUCAGGGAGUGGUGGACAGGUUUGUUGAAUUCCUGAAGAGAAGUGAAAAUUGCACACUACAGUUUGAAGCGGCGUGGGCUUUGACGAAUAUUGCAUCAGGAACCUCCCAACAAACAAAAAUAGUCAUUGAGGCAGGGGCAGUUCCUAUCUUCAUAGAACUGUUAAACUCUGACUUUGAGGAUGUCCAGGAACAGGCUGUCUGGGCGUUGGGGAACAUCGCUGGAGACAGCUCUGUGUGUAGAGAUUAUGUUCUUAACUGCUCUAUUCUUCCUCCCUUGUUACUGCUCCUCACCAAGUCCACCAGGUUGACAAUGACUCGAAAUGCUGUCUGGGCCUUAUCAAACUUGUGCAGAGGGAAGAACCCACCACCUGAAUUUGACAAGGUGUCUCCUUGCUUGCCGGUAUUAUCCCGAUUAUUAUUCAGCAGUGACUCCGACUUGCUGGCAGAUGCCUGCUGGGCACUCUCCUACCUAUCAGAUGGCCCCAAUGAGAAAAUCCAAGCAGUAAUAGACUCCGGGGUGUGUCGGCGACUGGUAGAGCUGUUAAUGCACAAUGAUUAUAAAGUAGCUUCCCCAGCUUUGCGAGCUGUAGGCAACAUUGUGACGGGUGAUGACAUCCAGACCCAGGUGAUCCUGAACUGCUCAGCUCUGCCUUGCCUGCUUCAUUUAUUAAGCAGCCCCAAAGAGUCUAUCCGGAAGGAAGCUUGCUGGACCAUUUCUAACAUCACAGCUGGAAACAGGGCUCAGAUACAGGCAGUCAUAGAUGCAAACAUUUUCCCAGUGCUGAUAGAAAUCUUACAGAAAGCAGAAUUCCGCACAAGGAAAGAGGCAGCCUGGGCCAUCACGAAUGCGACAUCAGGAGGAACCCCAGAGCAGAUCAGGUACUUGGUAAACCUAGGCUGUAUCAAACCUCUAUGUGACCUGCUGACUGUCAUGGACUCCAAGAUUGUUCAAGUGGCCCUGAAUGGCCUGGAGAAUAUUCUGCGGCUCGGUGAGCAGGAGGCCAAGCAAAGUGGCACAGGCAUCAACCCCUACUGCAGCCUCAUUGAGGAAGCCUAUGGCUUGGAUAAAAUAGAGUUCCUGCAGAGCCAUGAGAACCAGGAAAUCUACCAGAAGGCCUUUGAUUUGAUUGAGCACUACUUUGGAGUAGAGGAUGACGACUCCAACCUGGCUCCCCAGGUAGACGAGAACCAGCAGCAAUUCAUCUUCCAGCAGCCUGAGGCCCCUAUGGAAGGCUUCCAGCUAUAAUGUGUUCAGAUGGGGAAGAACACCACAAACUUGCCAGAAAUCAACUGGGAGCAGCCAGAGUUAUAGUCCCAUUUCCCCCCUCCUUACGAACGGAAGGCGCAAACACCCAUGCCAACCCAUUAGGAAACAGUUCCUCCUUCGAGAACAGCUAGAAGCAAUGCUUUGCUCUCAUGGAAAGAAGGGGAUUUUAUUUUUUACACUUUUUUUUUUGCUGCUGCAUACAUGUCUCUAAAGCAGGCACCAAGGUGGAGGAAGGACACGGAGGUAACAAAUUGCACCUCUUGUUUUAAUUUGUGGUGAUCUUUCACAAAUAUUAUCACUUGUUACCUCGGGUACUUAAAUGAAAUUUCAGUGGGGGGGGCGGGGAACACAAAUCAAAAGUUAAGCAUUCUCUUCUCUGACAACAUUAAUCCUGGAAGCUAGGGUUGAUCUAUUUAAUUUUUUUUGCACAUCUUACUCUUUGUUAAAGACUCUAAUCUGCCAAGAGCAAAGUUUCGCCCCUCACCUUUUCACAGCUCUCCUUCAGUGGACCGCGCCAUUGGACAUGGGCCAAGCUCCCCUUGAAACAUACUGUAAAUGGACAAAGGAGAAGUGGGAAGACUUUUCCUGGGGAGGGAUUUUUUCCCUUUGUUUAAAAUUUUUUUUCUUUAAGAACUGUUAUUGGUAUUUAAAAAAAAAAAAA